CAAUGGAUACGUUAAGGCCAGCUGCGAGUCCCAACACGCUGCCGGUUCCACUACUCGUCCACCACUCAGCGCCCGCCGAGCUCCCUCCCCCCAAACACGCUCCGCCGCCGCCUCCACCACUACUACACCAACCGCUCCCGGCUCCGAUCCCUCGCUACUCGUCCACUGCUGACAACGAAGAAUCCAAUUCAUCCCCAAAAAAGAGCGCCAGCAGCCAAAACUGGACACGCUUCGUCCCGUCGUCGUGGUUGACAUGCCUCCCAUCCACCCGUCCGUCCGUCUAUCCAUCCCCCUUCACUUGGACCUCGAGAGAAGGAGAACCCGUUCCAGCUUCAAUGCACACAUGCCUUUGCACUGCGCCGACAGGGCCAUCCCCACCUCUCGACCUCCGUCAUCCGUCAUUACCAAUCUCACCACCACCAAUUCGUCCUGACCACCAUACACGUCGUUGCUGGCUGAAACCUGCCUGCAUCCCGGGCACUAACCUCCCUAUAACGCGGCCCAUCCCUGCGCUUGCAAUAGCAUACUAUCUACUAAACUGCCCCAAUAUCCGCCAAACAAAGCCAAACGUCAUCCCAUCUCAUGCUGUGGGCACCGGAGAGCGGGUCUGCUUUGAUGCCAUCAUGCCUCGAGGGGGAAACAUGUCCACAUUUCGAAUUGACUGCUCGUAGUGCCUAUCCAUGGCGCAUUCUGCCUUCGAAAUCAUGAUGCCGGUGCUGAUAGUGUUUGGCUUCUAGGGAGCCGCCGUGCAGGACCGCUCGUUCGGCCGGUGGCAGUGCAUCGGUGUUUCGCUCCAGAACGCGGCAGACAAUACAUAGACAACACACUGAUGCGAACACUCCAUAAUUUUUCAGCACUGGUCGGCUUCUUACCCGGACCUUUCCUCACCCCCUGUUCCCUUCCCCCUUCGUCUCUUUCUCCUCAAACGGGAAAUACGCGAUGCAUCUGGACAAGUCUGUCGUCGCACCGGUCCCAGAACAUCGCCCUGAAACCACAGAGCACGACUCGCGUCUGUCUUUGGCUCCCUCUGCCUCACUGAAUAUUUUCCCUCUUCCUCUUUCGGGAGCUAAUAUUAGCAACACGAUCUAUUGAAACCACAGCUUUGUGACCAUGAUACUCAUUGCAACCAGUCUAUUGGCGUCAACCAACAUCUUGACACUUGCUUUGACAGACUCGAGACAACAGCAACAAUAUCAACCAAGAAACUUCCCCUCCUCGCCCCUCUGUUACGGUUCUUCGGCUCACUCGCCCCCCUUACGCGAUAACAUAAUAGCUCUUGCACGCACCCCCCGUAGCGUUCGUCCGCCUCAUCCGCUUGUCGUUCAACCGGCUGGGUCGCCUUACUACCCUUUGUGGAUUUGUUUACUCCAUGUGGAUUCUCAACAUUCCUCUCUACAUACACUACCACGACUUACUGUACUCUACCGCGAGAUCGACAGCUCAUCGAUCAAGACGCAGUCAAUCAGCCUUGCUUUACCCCUCUUACACGUACACAUCUCAGUCAAAGUCGAUCAUGACCUCAACUAUGCUAUCCUC